AUGGCUUCAGACCCUCCCCAGCUCACCUGGCCCACCAGCCAGGUCCCGGUCGAGAUCUUUGACGAAAUCACUACCUACCUGUCCCGUUCGGAUGUCAAGAACCUCCGCUUGGUCAAUCACGAGUUCGACAAGAUGAUCUCUUCCAAAUACUUCCGCAACGUUGUGGUUCCUUUCCGGUCCGAGAUGUACAAGGCGAGAAAGCAAAAGUACCUGGAUGACGGAGGCGCAGCGCAGCCUCAACUCGGAGUGGACACUCUCUUCUCCGGCGGCAUGCGUAUCUUCCAGUCCUUCGGCGAGCACAUCCUUCGAUUUGCCUUGUCGCUCGAGCUGGACGAGGAGAGCCUUGCCUACCCUCCCAUCAAGCCGACCCAGAAAGUCGUUACCUCGUACUGGGGUAUUUACCGCUGGCCUCACGAGUCGUACAACCGGUAUGCGGAACUUGAGGGGCUUGAGCAGACUGCCGAUGAGACAGCGUCCAUGACAGAGGCCUUGAAGUGCUUGGUGAGGGUUCAGGAACUUGGGCUCUGUUGCGAUGCUGGACUGGGCUACCUUCUUGGACCCGACCAGCAGUUGGAGAGCCCUCCCCUGCCGCAUCCGGUCUUUGGCCUCCGCAAUCUACGAUACCGAAACCUGCAGCGACGCCUGGCCCGAGACGAUUCGGACUCUAUAAAUGCCCGAAAGCUCGCCUUUGAGAGUCCUCGAGAUUUCAAGUAUACCGUACUGGAGGCCAUGGUCAAGAAUGCCGGGUACACGCAAGAGCAGGCUAAGGACGCUAUUGCUAUACUCUUGAGCACUGAAAAUGUCUCACUGUCGAAUAUCGACUUUGACGAACGUACCGCCGCUGCUGCCGCCGCUGUCGCGGCCGCCAAUGCAGCCGCCCAUGCUGCCCAGACCAACGCUGAAGCUCCGGCGGCCAAUGUGCUUAAUGAGCUCACGGCGGUCCAUCCACUACAACCUAGAAAUCUGACUAGAGCCCAGAAGGAGAUGCUGCUAGAGCUGGAAUGGGCACACCGAGCCCUCAUUCAAUCAUACGUCCUCGCCCUCAUCGACAACGCUCGGAUGAAUAGCUUCAGUUCUUUGACGACCCUGACGAUCGCCAAAAUUCCCAGCAGCCACGUCUACAUGUUUCAAAGGUCGGAUUUCUGGCAGAGCCUGCCCAACCUUACCAACGUUGCUCUUGCUGUUGUAGCCGACUGGCGUCAGAUAUCCAAGGUCGCUCCUGGCUGUGUCGAGGACAACCCCGUCUCGCCCGUAGAGGCGGUGAGCAAGGUCUACCGCCUGCUGCAAGACCAUAUCUCGACACAACCCAACAUCAAAUUCCUCCAUUUUGAGUGGAUUUGUGGUGGCGAGUUUGCACCUGGCAUCACUCAGCGGAACCAAUACGUGCUUCCCGCCCCAUUCUGCUCGCCGUCGCAGAUGAUACACCAUGCAGGUGCCAAGUCGCCCGAAACCUUGCUCACUCUACCGCACAUCAGACACCUGUCGCUCAAGAACUGCUACUGGGCGCCGCACGUCUUUCUACAGGUUCUGCGGACAAUGGGAACCCAGUCUCUGGAAAAGCUAGAACUCGAAAGUGUUUCUCUCACGGGCGCGCCCAUGAGAAACCUUCCCGAGAUCGGACAGGCACAUGGACAAGGCCAGGCUCACGGUCAUAAUCAGCUACCGGCGCUGCCGCCGGCUCCUAUGCAUCUCCAAGCCAACGCGGCCUUCGCAGGUUUGCCAGUGGUUCCGGCCGGAGUGGUGGUCCCUCAAGGCCCGCUGCAUGCUCCUGGCGUUUUGCCGGCGCAUCUGAUUGGCAUGAUGCAGCAGCAAGCUCUUCCGCAAAUCGCCAAUGUGGCGAACAACGCGGCGCCUCCUCCGCCUCCAUCCGACCCAUUGGCCGGCUGGAGUAGAAUGCGACUAAGACAGCCACGACUGCUGUCUUGGGCUGGCAUCAUUGAACGUCUCGCACCGACUCCGCCGAUUCAAGAGAUCAUGGUUGGCCAAGAUGACGAAGAUGACGAAGAGGAUUGGGUGGACGAUUUUGUACGAAAGGAUGAGGGAUUCUCGCUGUUGCCGCGGCCACACAGUCUCGUCAGGGAGAAGGAUUUGCUCAGCAUUCAGCACAUCUCGCUCAAGUCCUGCGGCUACGCAGUCUUGGACACCCCCACGGUUGACAAUCAUAGUAUCAUGCCAACCAACACCCCUUGGCAAGAGCCUUCGGAAGUGACUUCGCGUCGACGGGAGCUUAUGCCCUUCAUGCAGGCCUGCGGCGACAGGCUGGCGGCUAAGAUCACCAAUUACCUGAACAAUCAGGAGCACUUCAACCUUUCGACUGCGUUCGGUAUGGAUACGGAGUGGACUGGUGUGUACGAUGAGGAUGUCAUUGAAGCUGCAAAGAGGGAUGGUAUCGUUCAUCCUGGAAGAGGACGAUUCACGGGUAUGAUUACCAAGAUGGCAGAGCAGGUUUGA